AUGACGUACAAUAAUGUUAUUAUCAAUAUCCAGUCAGAAAACAACCCUUUAGAAGUACAUCUCGCACCGACGGCUAGGGAAUUUGUCCAAGCCCUUAGAGGGUUGUUACUUCAGGCUCACUGGCACACGUUCACUAUCUUAGCUGACCCCGUCUCAGCUACGGCGCUGAGAAGUCUGGAAUUGUGGCAGAUCCUGCAAACCGUUCCUUUGCAUCCUAAUUUGGUGGCUUUGCCUAGUCCGUUGAGGGCUCAGAGCUUGUUCAGAAAACUAGCGGACAUCUCCCGAUCGACCAGAGGCGUCGUAGUCCUCUUCAGCGACCGUCCCAGCGCAGUGCGCAUCCUCGACGACGCCAAGCGCCUCAACAUGAUGGACGGCCACUUCGUCUGGAUCUGGAUCGACACGGCCGCGUCCAUCGCCAUCCGCAACGCCACCGAGGACCCCGGCAACGUCCCCGCAGACCACGAAACGCCCCCUCCGCGACACAAACGAAGUGUUCUCUCAUCUACUGACGUUCUCGAAGACGUCCACGUGAAUUAUUUGUUAAGAAACGACCAUUUUCUUUUGUUAAACCGUAACAGCGCAAGCGUAACAAGUUCUAAAAAUGCCGAGAUGAACGAUGCCAGCGUUGCGGCGCAGCAGCAUCGGGCGUAUUAUAGUGCGCAGCCACGUAGCAGUAGUAGUAGUAGGGGCGAGGGGGAACUGCCCGCGGGGUUGUUGGGGCUGAAGCCGUUGCCGGUGAAGGUGGACAGGCACUUGGUGAAGGGGGCGGUGAGGUUGCUGAUGACGACGUUGAAGACGGUGAUCGCGAGGUCGCCGCAGUGGGUGGUGCAGAGCGUCGCGUCGAACCAGUUUGUUACUAGUUGUUGGGACGAUGUGAAGAAGGAUUCCGGGUUUUCCAUGGAUUUUGGAAGGAAUUUGAAAGGGGCCUGCACGGAAGCCUUGUCGGGGAAAAAAAUCUCAAAUCAAGAAAUUGGCGUUGACAAAGUGGACAAAUCAUUAGUUGCGAAUUUUGAGAUCCUUAAUUUAGUUCCUGAACCCUCGGAGCGAGAUUUAUGACGUCACGCUAACCACCUGUUGCAAACCACCAGCGCUUUGAAGUGGAAACGCGUAGGAAUGGUGUCCGGUCAUAAUGUUCGGCUGGACACUAUCAUCUGGCCAGGCGGUGACCUAUCGGUGGCCGCGGUGUCCAUCAGAGCCAGGACCGUAUUCAGGGUGGUGACGGCGGUGGCGCCUCCUUUCGUCAUGGAGAGCGAGCUGGACGAAGACGGACAGUGCCUCAGGGGUCUUCCAUGUCAUCGGGUCUUGACCUCGGACAAAGACAACCUAACCCUAGUUUUUAACGAGAUGCAGCGACUGGAGGACGAGGAGGAGGAGGACGAAUCGAACAACGCGGAAAACCCGGAUUACGGCGAUUACACGCGCUACGAGAACGACUAUGGUGUGGAUGACGAUAAGUUUUUUCCGUUCCAAAAGUUCAAGUACCGCACCAACUGCUGUUACGGCUUGUCGAUGGAUUUGCUGGAGAACAUCGCUCAGGAACUGGAGUUUGAUUUCAGGUUAUACAUUGUAGCAGAUGGGCUGUUCGGCGCGCGAAUACCAACGACCAGGGAGGAGCGGAUCAGGAGGGAUGUGGGAAAAACGUUCCUCAGUUACAGAGUCAAAGACGAAAACAGCCGAACCAACCAAAACAUACGCGAAGAAAGAUUGGCAGCUUCCAGCGGCAAAUGGAACGGUAUAGUUGGCGACCUGGUCAGCGGUGCUGCCCACAUGUCUUUCGCAGCGCUCAGCGUCUCCAGCGCUAGAUCUGAGGUCAUCGACUUCAGUUCACCCUACUUCUUCAGCGGGGUGUCGUUUAUAGCCGCUCCACAACAGCGCUCAGACAUACCGCUGAUGGCCUUUCUGUUGCCCUUCAGCUUGGAGCUUUGGGUGGCCAUUCUAAUAAGUCUGAACAUCACCGCCAUCGCUGUGGCCAUCUACGAAUGGCUAUCGCCCUUCGGCCUGAACCCUUGGGGCCGUCAGCGUUCGAAAAACUUCAGCAUGAGUUCGGCUCUGUGGGUGAUGUGGGGCCUGCUCUGCGGUCACUUGGUGGCGUUCAAGGCGCCGAAAAGUUGGCCCAACAAGUUCCUGAUCAACGUGUGGGGCGGAUUCUCCGUUAUUUUCGUGGCGAGCUACACUGCGAACAUCGCGGCCUUGAUAGCGGGGCUGUUUUUUCAUAAUACCGUCAGUAAUUACCACGACAGAAGUUUGUUAAGUCAAAAAGUAGGUGCUCCCAGAUCAUCAGCUGCAGAAUACUACGUUCAAAAAGCUAAUCAGCUCUUGUGGCAACACAUGAAGAAAUUUACUUUAGAAAAUAUCGAAGAUGGUGUUGUUCGACUGAGAAACGGGUCUCUGGAUAUUUUAAUAGCAGAUACGCCGGUUUUGGAUUACUACAGAGCGACGGAUCAUGGAUGUAAACUGCAGAAAAUCGGCGAUACCAUAAACGAGGACGCUUAUGCUAUUGGAAUGACCAAGGGGUUUCCCCUAAAGGAUAGCAUAUCAGCUGUUAUCGCCAAAUACUCAUCAAACGGCUACAUGGACAUACUGCAGGAAAAAUGGUACGGUGGUCUCCCUUGCUUCAAACUAGCCCAAGAAAUAGCACAGCCGCGACCUCUGGGUAUCGCAGCUGUUACUGGAGUUUUCAUUUUACUUGGAAUGGGUAUAUUUAUCGGACUAGUAACGUUACUAGUCGAACAUUUAUUUUUUAAAUACGUGCUUCCCGUUUUAAGAGAUAAACCAAAAGAAAGUAUGUGGAGAAGUAGAAAUAUAAUGUUCUUCAGCCAGAAACUCUAUCGAUUUAUCAACUGUGUGGAGCUGGUGUCGCCCCAUCACGCCGCCAGAGAGCUGGUCCACACAAUCAGACAAGGACAAAUAACGAGCUUGUUUCAGAAAAGCAUCAAAAGGAAGGAACACGAACAGCGUCGGCGUAGGAAAAGCAAAGCACAAUUUUUUGAAAUGAUCCAAGAAAUACGCAGUAAUAUUCGCAGGCAACAGCAAGAAGAGAACCAGACUCAUCUGGAAUCAGUCACUGAAGUGGAUUCUGAGAAUAAUUUCAGUCCAGAUGACAGGAGGUUGAAACUCAGUCCCAGCAUAAUAAAAAGGACGUUUUUGCGAUCGAGUUCCAAGACGGACGCCGAGGGCAAAAUGAAAUCGCCGACCGGUCUGUUCAAUAAGCAGUUGUUCAGUCCCAGAAGCAAAAAGGCCAAAAGCUCCACGGCGCUCAACGUCAGAAGAUUUAGCACCGACAGCGUCUUCAAUUCGCAAAACAUGGCAACAGACAGAAGCAGUUCAAUCGGAAGAAGACUCAGCAAAGACGCCUCCGCCUUUUUGACCAGUUCCCCACCUGACAUUAAUAGCAGAAGAUCCAGUUAUUUGGAUAUUAUCAGCACCGGAAGCAAGCUAUCAGGUAAAAGUCCCAUACUUUCCAUAGAGAACAUCUCCGAUUGUGGUUCGACAAAAUCCGCAGACCCCCCUCGAAAACUGUCGGAUUCGGAGAGUAUAGGCAGGAAACUAGCCACACUACCCAAGUACCAAGGUUCUUUCGACAAAACGCGCCUCCAGCCCCAGUACAGUCUGACGCUGGGCAAAAGUGAUGAAACGUUGCCUACCAUAGACAAAAACACCCACGUCAGUGGUGCUAAAAGCUUUAACAGUAUCGAUAAGUUAGACCAAAAGAGCAAUCUGUGUGACGAUGAGAUAGCGAGAAGAAACAAAGAGACUAUAAGUCAGUUACAGUCACAGCUACAGAAUAAAGUUAAGAAAACCAACAGCGAUGGAAAUAAAACAACUCACAGUCCAAACCCUCAAAUAAGAAUCCAAGUGGAAGAUACAGACAGUAUAGAACAGAAGCCCACCAAAAGGAACCCACCUUUAGCGAAAACUACUAGAAGUAAAACAAGACACCAAAGCCUUGGAGAGCCUACUCAGAGUCCCCAACUGAACGAGCCUAAAAGAACGAAGCUCCACGAGCAGUCCAAGUCACUGGACAGCGAGACCACGUCGUCCAGGUCCAGAUCGAGGUCCAGGUCAAGGUCCAGACACUUGACAGAAGACGAGCUUCCUCCUGCACCGCCUCCCCCCAAUUGUUCUCCUAGAAACUCAGAUGGUAAAUCACCGCUGGACCGCCUGUCCAAGGACGACCUGGUGAAAUUGUGGCGCAGCUCCGAAUCCGAACUGCGCAGCCACCUUUUGAAAGCGAUCCGCGACAAAGAGGAACCAGCAGAUCCGACUUGAGAGAGGCAGAAACCCUCUUUUGACUUGUUGCCGGAUUGCUCACAUUUGUUGAGAACGUUCGU